CACUAUCAACCGUCCCACCGCACUCCAAAUCGUCGUGCACACGACUGACAAUACCCAUCCAAACUAAUCACUUAGGAGGAAAGUGUCAAUUGACAUGCGAUCAAUCUUCUUGGUCCUAAACCGGACCGCUGCAAGAUCGUGGCAACCGCUAACACGGGCAUUCCGGAGCCCUCACAUCGCAUCAAAACUCGAUUCAACCUGCACCAGAUGUCGCCAGCAGCAGGCCCGCUUCUUGAGCAAUAGCCGGCAACUGGGAGACGAACAACGAUGGCUCUCUGUUGUCGACCAUCCAGCGCAGGUUGUCCGUGUUGGGCGCAAGCAUGGACCCGGGUUGAUUAUUCUCGCCCUAAUCCCUAUCAUCUCCUUCGCCCUCGGAACAUGGCAAGUCCAACGCCUUGACUGGAAAUCAAACCUCAUUACAAAAUUCGAAGACCGUCUCCUCAAACCACCCCUUCCACUUCCCCCGCGCGUCGACCCAGACGCAAUCACCGACUUCGACCACCGUCGAGUCUACGCUACCGGCCAUCUACGGCAUGACCAGGAGAUGCUUGUUGGUCCGCGCAUGCGGGAGGGAGAGGAGGGUUACGUUGUUGUGACUCCGCUGGAGCGGGACCACGGGCAGAGCACCGUGUUGAUUAACAGAGGAUGGAUCUCGAAGAGGUUGGCAGAUCAGAAGGUUCGGGCUGUUGGGUUGCCACAGGAGCAUGUUACGGUUGAGGGUUUGUUAAGGGAGCCUUGGAAGAAGAAUAUGUUUACGCCGGAGAACGAGCCGGAGAAGGGGAGAUUUUAUUUUCCUGAUAUUGAACAGAUGGCUGAGUUGACGGGGAGUCAGCCGGUUUGGGUUGAGGAGACAAUGGUCCCGGAUAUGAUCGAGGCCUAUGAUCGCGAGGCUAAGGGAAUCCCCAUCGGUCGUGCUCCCGCGGUCAACCUAAGGAACAACCACGGCCAAUACAUUAUGACAUGGUAAGUCACACAUACUCUGCUUGUCCUAAUUUCUCAGAUCAGGGAUGAGUGCUCAUGCUCGACAGGUACGGCCUUUCCCUUGCAACCUCCGUCAUGCUGUUCAUGAUCAUCCGCAAGAGGCCCAAUGAGGCUACUCGUCGCGUCCGCCAGAACCGGAACUGGUAACCUGCUCGAAUGAUGUAUCGUAAAGCAUUCCCUUCUGGCGUUGGUCGGUUUGUCUUAUUAUAGGUUAAAAUGGAGGAGGCAUGUAAAUUAUAUCUGACGGUUCAUGUUCAUGGCGGCAUGGCCAAUCUCAUGUCCUGUAGAAGCUCCUUGGGCAAAUGCUUUUGUGCAAGAGAAAAAACGGUGGUGGAAUUGUUAAUAUGGCGUUGU